AUGGUGUUAGUGGGCAGGGGCUGGAAGAGAGCCUUUGGAGACUGGGGCAACAGGGCCGACCACCUCUGCACAAGAGUCAAGACUACGGGAAAGCCAGAAAAUGGUGAAGACUUCUCUCUCCUGGUGACUUCAGCUCCGCCCUCCCCACUAGGCAGCCCAGCACAUCUUGUCAUCUCAGGUCUGAGAGCUCUCCUGAAGAUGGACUAUCACAACAUGUCCUGGGUCCGCUACCCGAGCCAUGUGUCCCCAGCUGUGGAGGAGGUCAUUGCAGCACAGAGCAUCAUUUCUAGGUGCACACAUGUGUAUGUAGCAGUGUGUGUCCCACUGAGCCUAGUGAUGGGGCUCUUCAGUCUGAGCGUGUUCAUCCAGGAUCGUACUAGGCUAGGGGUGCUCGACAGGCUCCUCAUGGGCCUCACAGCCACUAGCAUCUUGGUGACUCUUCUGUCCCUCAAUGCAGCUGGCCGACCUGACUACAUGUCCACGACAAACCUGGGCUGCGGAGCACUCUCAUUCUUCUCCAAUGUCUGCUAUUUCACAGCCCAGUACCUGCAGGGAGCCAUGCUUCUCCUGUCCUUUCUGCCGGGAUCUCCCUGCUGCCAGCUCUUGACAAGGCCUGUGGCAAGCCUAGCUGCCAUUGGGGGCUGUGCUGUCUGUAGCUCCCUCACUGUGGUAUCCCUGCUGGGCACAUCUGGGGAGUUGCACACAACCACCAUGUGCCAGGCAGAUCCGCUGACUGCAUGGCCCGAAUACGAGAUUGUCAAGUUCAGCCUGGGCUUUGCACUUGCCCUGAGCUUCCAGAUGGUUCUCUUUCUCCUGUAUGGUACACAGCCAGGCUGGCGAGAGGCUCCUCCUGCUCAAAAUGACAGAGCCUCUGGGCGCUGGGUAGUACUGGCUGUGACUCUCAACAUGCUUGCCUGUAGACUCUUCUUCAAUGCGGUCCUCCUGCAUCGGGCCCAGCUGAAGCUGUGGAAGGAUGUGGGCUCCCCCAGAGAUGAGCUGCUCAUGAACCUCGCAGAGCUAGCCCUGUCUGGAGAGAGCUGCAUCAACGUGGUGUCUAUCCUCUUCCUCCACACAUCGUGCAGGCUCAGGCUGCUUGGCCUCCUUGAGCGCCUCACACAGAGAUGCAGGCGGGGGCUGGACAACAGCAUGUCCUUGAACAGAGUAGGGAGCUAG